AUGACACGCUUGCCAGGACCAUUGAAGCAUGGCCCCUGCGCAAGGACGACACGCCACACGUUGUGGCUCAAGCAUGGUGCACAAAUCGAGAAGUGUACCAAGGUGAUGAGCCCAAACGCUCCACCGCAAUCCCUUUCUGCAGCGAGUGCUUCAGUGGCACCACAGCUUCAGCACUUCGACGAGCCGUCAUCAGAAAAUGUGGUACGUACGAGGAUGCAGCAGAUGUUGCAGAUUCAGGCGCCAGCCGAAGUUCUGAGAUUGCUUCAAUCAUCAGCUGCAGUAGUGGCAGACGCUAAGACCAUCAAGGACGUGCAGAGCAAUGUUCGUUUGGUGGCUCAGGAGCUUGAGGCAAGAACAGAACGAUUGGCAUCGUGCUUGUCGGAAAUUACCGGGGACCUAGAUGGGGUGAAACAUCAAUCAGAGCGUCAGGUCACCUUUGAGUCUACGAUGGAGACUCGGUUGGGUGCCCUUGAGAAUCAGAUCAUACAGUUGAGAGCUCAGGCUGCAUCAGCGGACGCGCUGAAAGAUGAAGUGGUUUCGAUGAAAGCUACAUUGUCAAGGCUUGAGCAUCAGCAACCCGAGAUACAACAAAGCGCGCAGACCAAGAGUGAAGAGAGUGAGACCCGCAUUCAGCGCAGAAUUGACGAGAUGGAUGUGUUGUUGAAACAUUUCUUCGAACGUGUGGAUGGAAAUGAGAAACUCUGUGAGAAGCUUAGACAGCGGUCGGAGGAUCUCACCAGCCGCUUUGAAACCUUGCAAACUCACGUUGAUGCGGGGUUUAGUUCGGAAUCCAGAGCUUUACCACGUCGUCCUCAACUUCAGAUGCCCCAGCAGAUUGCAGAGGAGGUGUCCGAUGAAAGGUUUGAGGAGGAGGCGAAGGCUCAGGAGAUCAUUGAAACACCAAAGCAUCGCACAACGUCAGGUGUCCAGAUGUUCCAGAUGACUCCCCAGCGUGACGGAGCCGAUGAUUCAUGGCAGAAGGAUGCUGUUGAUGAGUGGCUGGAACAGGUAGAGGGACCUGAGAUUGUGCAAUCUGUUCCUGCGGAGCCUCCAGGUCUAGGAAGUUCUGGUGCAAAGAUUCCGGCGGGACAAUGGAAAUUGAUCAAAGAUUUUCCCAAACCCACGAUUCCUCACGGAGCUGCUUGCUACACUCAGGAGGUGGAGACUGGCCAAGCAACACAUGAAAAGAUUUCAAACAAAGGGAAGGAGGCCAAAGGCAAGAGCGGCAAAGCUAAGGCGAAGGCUGAAAAAAAGGCGGCCAAAGCGGCAGCAAAAGCAGCAGCAUCAGCUAAGGGUGAUACGCCAGAGUGGUCGGAAGUAGAGCGUGGCGAUUUCUCCAGUGCAGAGUCUUCUUCAGAGGAAGAGUUUCAGGCUGAUGAAGAUCAGCACCGGCAGGUGCAACCACUUCGUCUAUGGGUGUUAAACCUGACGAUUGAAGAUUUCAUCAUGUGGACGAGACCUGGUCACAUUCAGUCACAUGCCACUUCCGAGUUCCAGAUGGAAACCAAUCCAAACUCCAUUAUGUGGCCUGUUUGGUGGACGAUUGAACAGGAUUAUCUUGAUGACAACGAACAGGGAGUGAUCCCUGUGACGGAAGAUGUGGUGAUGUUGAGGUGCGAUGUGACACCAGUGUUGUUUGAGGAUGGCAUCAUUCUGAAUGUCUUUGUGGUGUGGCUCCUUGAGGAGGAGACUGGAAGAGAGCGCAGGGUUGCAGUGAUUAGAGGGCCAGUUCGUCCCAUUGUCACUCCGUGGCCAAAUCGGGAACUGAGUACAGCAGCCUCAGCAAGCAGCCCUCCAGUUGCGAAGGCACCGACGAUCACGGCUGCAGCUUACGCUUGGAGAGCAAACGAGAUUCAGGCGAUUGAAGCUGUCACCGCAGUACCCAAAGCAGCAGCGAAAGCAGAGUUGAGCGAGGCUGUGUGGAAUGAAGAGGCAUACCGCAUGACAGCCGAAGAGAGCGAGGAGAUCGCAAAGGCAAUUUGGGAGUCAGCCCACGGUCAUAAGCGCAAGUGCAGGAGAUUGACUCCGGAAGAGAUCGGUGAGGGCACUUUGUCCAUGGACCUGUCAGGUCCCCAUCCAGCCGCAUUUUCAGGACAUCGCUACUUCAUGGUUGCAAACUUGAGCAGAAAGGCAGUGCUGGAGGCCACGUUCCUGCGGCGAUGUAGGGCACUGAAACUUCUAAUCCCGAGGGACCGCCCAAGAAUGGGCGACACAGUGUUCGUGCGAAAGCCGACAAGCUCCGUGGGGCAUCCAUUCGAACCUAGGGCAGAGGAGGGCCUAUUCCUGGCCAAUGAUGAGCGAACGCCUGGUGGGGCUCGGGUUCUGGUAACGCGGGACGGUAGGACCGCUGUGCGUGUGACGCAGAUGCCAGUUCUUAAGGACAUUGAGGCGAUCAGAUGGCGAAUUGAACGAGGACCUCAAGAUCAAGCAGUUUGGGUGAGCACCACUGGGGAUGUGAGGUGGAAUGCUCCACCUUCAGACAUGAUUACGGUCGAAGAGUCGGUAGGGGAAAUCCAGCCGUGGAACGACGGGAACACCGCAUCUGAGAUCAUCAGGGAGCGCUUCAAAAAACAUUUGGUGCCCGAGGCUGAGAAGCACUUGUUUGGAUUGUUUGGUCAUGGAUUCUUGGUGACUCCUGUGGAAAAAGAAGAACCUGACGGCGAAGCCAGGGUUUUCGUAGCUUGCUGGCUGCUUGGGCACGCACGUCGGGCCGCGGGGAAAGUGGAAAAGCACGUGCUGGAACAUCGGGCCUGGCUCGGGAUGCCUGGGUGGUGCGAGUCGGGUCGGGGAAAGUGGAAAAGCACGCGCUGGAACAUCGGGGAUGCCUGGGUGGUGCGAGUCGGGCCGGGGAAAGUGGAAAAGCACGUGCUGGAACAUCGGGGGAAGUCCAGGGAUGCCUGGGAGGUGCGAGUCGGGCCGGGGAAAGUGGAAAAGCACGCGCUGCAACAUCGGGCGGGGGAUGCCUGGGUGGUGCGAGUCGGGCCGGGGAAAGUGGAAAAGCACGUGCUGGAACAUCGGGGGAAGUCCAGGGAUGCCUGGGUGGUGCGAGUCGGGCCGGGGAAAGUGGAAAAGCACGUGCUGGAACAUCGGGCCGGGGAUGCCUGGGUGGUGCGAGUCGGGCCGGGGAAAGUGGAAAAGCACGUGCUGGAACAUCGGGGGAAGUCCAGGGAUGCCUGGGAGGUGCGAGUCGGGCCGGGGAAAGUGGAAAAGCACGUGCUGGAACAUCGGGGGAAGUCCAGGGAUGCCUGGGUGGUGCGAGUCGGGCCGGGGAAAGUGGAAAAGCACGUGCUGGAACAUCGGGGGAAGUCCAGGGAUGCCUGGGUGGUGCGAGUCGGGCCGGGGAAAGUGGAAAAGCACGUGCUGGAACAUCGGGCGGGGCUCGGGAUGCCGGUGGUGCGAGUCGGGCCGGGGAAAGUGGAAAAGCACGUGCUGGAACAUCGGGCUCUCCCUCUUUGUGCUCGGUCUGCCUGGGACGUGCUUCGUGACUCUUUGGGCAUGGAGAUGAGUGAGUCCAAGGUUAGGCCAACCUGGUCCGGCAUCCCCCUGGAUGCUCUUCCGCAGCACAUCACCAAAAAGAUUUUCGAAGUGUUGAGUCCCGCAGUGCAGCGAGAGUAUAUGGAGGUGGCAGCGACGGAGGCCGCAGGGUAUAUCUACUACCGUAACCUCAGGAACAGCCUGGGAAAGCCAGACGUGUGGGAUGCUGUGACGAGUGCUGAGAAGCUUGAGUUCGUGCCCCAGAACCCUAUCCAGAUACUGCGAGCUCAGACGGAGGCAUGGCACCGCCUCUUGGAAGGGGGAUUGCAGCCACUUGCCCGGCAUGUCUUAUGUGUUCUUUCCACGGACACUCACUGGGCCCUGGCAGCCGGCCGACGUGCUGAAAGGGAGCUUCUAGUCUUUGACGGGCUUCAGUUGCCCGGCAUCUUGGACCUUGCUGAGGCUGUCGCAGAGCAUGCACGUGAGCGUUGGGGCCAGGAGAUGAUUGUGGUGCCUAUGAAGGUGCCUCGACAGGAGGACUCGUGGAGUUGCGGACAUCGCGUGCUGGCUGCUAGCCAGUGGGUGCUUAAAGAACGAUGCAGCUCGUGGCCUCUGCAGCCCGAGGAGGGUUGCCUGGCUUUGUUGGAUUCUCAGGCAGGCGUCAAGAAGGAGGCAAAGGAGGAGGAGGAGGAGAUCAGGGACGAUGACCAGGCUUUGGUGGCCAAGUCCGGCCAGAAACGGCCACAGCUGCUGGAUGACGACGACGAGGACGAGGAUGCUGACCCAGCAGAACCAGCACGCAAACGGAGGCGAAAGCUGACCGCCAAGCAGGAAAAGCAGCAGAUCAUCGACCAGGGCAAGAAAAAGGCUGCCGAAGGGGGUGUGACCUUCAACAAGAACUUUCAGUCAGUGCACAGCAGCAACAAGGAUGCUUGUCCUGAAGGGCAUUGGGUGAAGUUCUUGACUGCACUUGGCAAGCAGAGCAGCAUGAGUUGCAAGUCGUGCCGACAGCUACGUGACUUGAUCCAGGCUCCGGCUGGCCAAGAAGUCGUACCUGUGCAGGCCGAGCAGGCAGUGGUAGUCGGCCCGGCACUGCCGCAGCGCACGAUCAAUGACGAAUGCAGAGCACUUGCAAACAUUGUUUUACAGGAAUUCGAAAACACCAAGACGAAAUAUGUGAUCUACUCCAACAAGGUGGAACAGCAGAUGAUCAAGGAUGAGGCAACAUCUCAGCGAUUGAUGGUCACAGAAGCUGCGGAUGCAGGGGUGUUCGUGAAUCCAUCGACUCCGGAGUGGGAGCUCAACAAGUGGAUGGCAGGACUCAACAAGGAGCUAGACACCAUGGAAACCAAGAAUGUGCUGGAGAAAGUUCGGCAGAGCGACUUCUCAAAUGCAAAGCCAGUUCCGAGUAAGCUGGUGUUAACCAAGAAGCCAAUGGAGGAUUCGGAGAUAAUCAUCAAAUCGGACAUGGGUGCUUCGGAAAUCGCUGCUCUCAUUCAGCAAGCUUGGAAUCCUAGAGUCCGGCUAGUUGCUUGUGGAAACUUCGAGAAGGACUCAAAGGCACAUGAUCCAGAAAACUUUGCAGGAAAUCCAGGUGCGGAGACCGUGAGAAUCUUGCUUUCACUACUGGCGAGGCGUCCCACCAACAUGACGGCGGUGGUCCUGGACAUCUCAUGCGCAUUGCUGAAUGCCAGACUUGAUCGAAGUCCGGAUGCGAAACCGGUGCUCAUUCAGCCGCCGAGUAUCCUGUACAAGCUCGGCCUCCUUGAAAAGGGCUUUAUCUGGCGUGCUCGGAAAGCGAUUUACGGAUUGCGGAGGUCCCCCCGUCAGUGGGAGAUAAAGCGAAAUGGGACAUGGUUGAUUCGGGAUUCGAGUGGCGAGAUCCAGGGCGCAAUGGUCAUGUACGUGGAUGACGCGCUGAUCAUUGGUGAUUUGGAAAUUUGCGCCAGGCUGAAGGCAAAGCUGUCGAGUUUGUGGGACUUGAAGGUUCAAGGAAUCCUCCAAAAUCCUCACAUGAACCUGGUGGUUGGGGAAACAAUCAUGCUGGAAAAUACGCCCGUUAAUGUGAAGGAUGAGCUAUCUUUCCUCGGCAUGAAGAUUGGAAGGGAUGCCACCGGGAUCUACUUGCAUCAACACGCUUGGAUUUCCACAAAGUUAAAGAAACGUGGAUGGAGCACGAUGGGGGGUUGUGAUAAUUUUUUUUUUUUUACGCGCCUUUUUCCGUCAGCAGGAAGGUCCCGCUCCUAG